ACGUUAUCUUCAAUCGCGCAUUGGGUUUUUGUUUUCAACCAUUUCGUCUUUGAUGUUAUUGUGCGACGUCCGAGUCCGACGGCGUACCGUGAUUGCCCACCGACAACAAUAUCUCGUCGUAUCGCGGUGAUGUUCACUAACGUUAUUCGCACGUCUUCGACCGGACACCACACACACGGUCCAUCGCGUGCCCGUCAUUUAUAACGUAUCGCGCACGGUGCACCUAGUGACAGGUCCCGUAAAAUUGUUACUAUUAUUUCGGUACGUCGUCUUUCGCGUGUCCGCCGAGCGCCGAGACGAGUAGCUCCACACACGGCCACCGUCGAUCGCGCGCGCAGCACCGUUUCGCAGAAAAUGUCGUAGCCGCCCGCGCCGCCGCCGCCGCCGCCGAUAUCGCCAUUGCCGCUGCACCUGUUGUAGCAGUGCGGCGACAGACAACAGACGUGUACUGCACACCGCCACAGUGUCGUUCGACAUGUCGCCCCGACGCUGAUCCGGUCGCACGGUAAGUCCAACGACGUUCGUCGCCGCCGUCAGUCAUUACAACUGUUGUCCCAUCGCAACCCUCGCCGUCAGGUUUUACCGGUCACUGCGCGUUGGUCGUUCCGUUCGUCGCCGCGUUAACCAGCGACAUUGUGUUGGGCGGUAACAUAAAUUUCCUCACACAAAUAUUAUCCGCCUGUCUGCCUCCAAUGGUUUUGGCCUCGGACACUAUGCCAUCGAACGUUACACAAAGUUGUUGUCCACAACUCACUUGUUAUUCUGAUGAUUGAAAAUUGUAGAUUAAUUGAAUGUAUCAUGCAUCCAGAAAAUACAAUGCCGUCAUCAACUUAUUUUACUGUACUUCAGAUGUUCGAAUCAAUAACUAAAGAUACAAAAAGGACUUUUAUAGCCAGGGCAUUAUGUUUGUUUAUGGCAUGGGAGAAGUGUCGUAAUAUAAUAACUAGCGAAACCUUCUCCAUUGAAUUACCUAUGUUUAUGCAUCAUGCUACCAGGGAAUCUGCAAUAAUAAUCUUGGAUCCUGGUUGGGAAAAUAUUACAAAUAAAAUAAAAAAUGACCUAAAUAUAGUUUUGAGAAAAAUAGUAUGCUCCUUUAAAAUGAUGAAGGAUAAACAAAUAGAGGCAACAAAGUAUUGUCAUUUUUUGAUAUCUUUAAUGAAAAAUCCAUGGAGUCAUCAUAAUUUUUCAAAAUUACUUUAUGGAAAUCCAUCUCAAACUGAAGUCUUGAAAUUUAUCCAGUAUGAAAAAAGUAAUAUAUUUGUUCUGCGCUUGAGAAUGCUUUGUGAAGGAAAGUGUGAAAAUCAAGCACUAAAACUAUCAUCAUUAGCGAUGGAUUUGUACAACUCAAAUUUAAAAAAUAAAAGUCAAUUUGAAGAUCAAGAUUAUGAAUUUAUCAGAGAUAUUUAUUAUGCUUGUCUUGAAAGGGCAAAUAAAAAAAAGGAACUUAUUGGCCAUUUAAUGAAAUAUUCUCCUGAAGAAGAUGGUAGGAUCCUAAUGGAAAAUUAUUGUAAAAAGAUUCAGUCACUUACAAACUUACGAAAAGAAAUAAGACCAAGGAUUUGUAAAAAUAUUGUUCUUGUUUGUGAAAUGGCUGCUUACAUCAUGGUUGUGAAUUCAUUACAAAAUUCUGAUAUUCUUGAUAAUAUUGCUAACUUUAUAAAGAAAUGGAGUCUUAUAGUGAUGACAUUGAUGGAAACUGAUUUAAAACCUGAUAUAGAUUACUUCUAUAUAAAAAAUAUGGUUCAUACAUUUAUCGAUGUUGCACCAUCAGCUAGUCAUUUAUAUCUUUUAUGCGAUGUUCUAUAUUGUGAAUUUGGUUCUAAAUUGCCUCGGACAUUAUACAUAGAAAUUUAUAUCAGAGCAUUAACUGCUAAUAUAAAUGAAAAAGAAAAAUGCAAACAAUUGAGCGAUAAAGAUGGAUCAUUUGAAUCGUUGAAAAAGUUAGUCCAAGGAUAUUUGAAAUUGGCCAAUUUACUUGAAGAUAUUUUAAGUAUAUGCCGAGAAUGUGUAUUAACGGCAUAUUCUUUAAUGCCUUCCAGUGAUCUCAUGAUGAGAGUAGAAAGUUUAGCUAUUAAAAGUGGAAAGCUGAUCCCAGAAAAUCUAACUAAUGUUGUUGAAAAUUCUUGUAACAAAUCUAAAAAAGGAUCUACUUUAAAUAAACCUGGCCGUAAGCGUAGGUCAAAACUCAGUAACUCUUAUCAAGACCCAAAAUCUAUUCUUGAUGCUUCUGAAAAAAGUUAUUCCAAGAUUCAUUCAGAUCUUAGUGAAUUGAAUGAUCCAUUAACACCAAUUAUGCAAGAAGACCUUAUUUCAGUUAUCAAGUAUCCUCGUUAUGGGACAUUUAACUGGAACCUAGAAUGGCCUAGGAUGAAAAUUUUAUGUCAACAAUAUUUAGAAAACUUGGAUUUGGUAAUUAAGCGAAAUACACUGCAACGAUCUGAUUUAACUUACCUUGACAUUGAUAUUGAUGAAUAUAAUAAGUGGACAGAAAUAAAUAUGAAAAAAUUAACAAAUGAUAAAGGUUAUUUUAGCAGUGAUAAUAAUUAUAGUGAUGAUGAGUCUAUUGCAUCAAUUGCUUCAUCAGGGGAAAUAGUGAGCUAUAGGAGCAAACCAACUAAAAGUCGUUCAAGAAAACGAAAAGUUGGUUCACGUAAACGAAAAGCUGGUUCUCGAAAACGUCGCAAGGUUAGUCCUAAAAAUAAACCAAAACCCAUUACUAUUCAAACAGAACCUAGAGUUGGUUUGCGACGAAGCUUAAGAUACAAUAAAGGUACUAAUAUUGAUGAAACUGAUGACUCAACAGUUGGUUCCUUGUUAAAUGACGAAGCUCAAUUCAAAAAUACAAAUUCUCAUAGUGAUAUUGAAGAUAAUUCUCAUGAUUCUGUUUUAGAAGAAACUGAUAAAACAACCUUAAAAAAUGGUGAAAACCCUAAAAAUACCAAUCCUCAGCUUAGAAUAAUACGAGAGAAAAGAACUAUCAACAAAAAUCAACACAAAGAUUUUGACUAUUCAUGGAGCUUAAGAAAAAAAGGAAAAUCUAAUAAAAACAAUUCAGUGAAAUUACCGCGCAAUAGUGGCCAAAUUAAAAACCCAUCUUCUAAUUUUGAACUUCCCCAUUCCAGUAAUGAACAUUUAAAUAUGUUGUCAGAACGAAUACCCCAAUUAAGUUCAUUAGAUUUCAUUGUACCAGCAAAUACAGAUCGCAUAGUUAAUGUAGUACAAAUUCAAACAACAUCGAACACCCUCACAAAUGUAUCACAAACUCAGACAGAACGAGUUUCAAAUCAUCAUUCUAAUAACGAAAUAGAAAAAAAAACUAGUGAAAACCAAACCAACACUCAUUCAUUGGAUGAUUUUGUUUCAGUUUAUCAAUCAAAUUCAUUAAAUACUAAUAUGAAUCCUGUUCAAAAUGUUGGAAUUCAUCAAGGGGAAUGUAGUUUUACUGGAAGUGUAUCUGUGAGCAAUCAAAGGGUUACUACUGAUUCAAUUACAAAUGUUCAAACUACUGUUCAGCAAGAUUCAAGUAAACCAAUUGGGACACAGGAUGUGUUGUUGGAUCAAAAUCAAAUUAACAUGGAUCAUCAACAUUGGAAUGAUAUUCAACUACAAAAUUCUGGAGAGCGACUACAAUCUUCUAUCGAAAGUGCUGUACAUUUAUCCUCAAAUGUAAUAGUUAGAACAUCUGAUGUAAUAAAUCCAAGUCAUGUUAAUCAAACUACUGGACAAAUUACUUAUACAACAAAAAAGCCAUCUACUUUUUGUGUUAAGACACGUGACCGAUUUAUGGAUUUAUCGUUACCAGCAUCAAUUUCUUCUAUAUCAACUAAUAGUAAUCGUUCUGCAAAUUUACCACUAGCAAUGAACACAAAUAAAUCAAAUUUUGAAUCAAAAAUUCAACAAAAUUCUCCAAUUCAAACAUCGGUAGGCUUGCAAGUUAAUUUCAACAACCAACAGUCUGAAGGUAUACAAAGUGUUAUGUCCCCAAACGAUCAAGGAACACAAGUAGGUACCAAUAUCACUGACAAUAAUUCAACUUCAACUAAUAUAUCUUUAUUAAAUGAUCAAAUAAUGAAUUCCACGAAUAGUAGAAUAAACAAUUCCUCAAUUGUGAACACUUCAUUUAUAAAGGAAAAUUCAUUUGAUAAUUUAAAAUCAAACAUUCCUAUGAUAAAUCCAGUUUCAAGUAUACAAACUCAAACCUGUGCUGGUUUACGACUACCCAAUGAAGUUUCUCAUCCUAAUGCUUCAGUGAUAUCAUUAAUGAUUGCUUCAACACAAAGUCAGGUUAUUAAAUCCAAUGUGCAUAAUUCAGCGUAUACAUCUCCACAUAAUCAAAGAAUGCAGCUUAAUGAUUUGAGUCACACUUCUCAAACAAAUAGGUCUGAUGAACAAAAAAAGAUUGACAAUUUAAAAUUAAUAAGUCAAACAUUUACUGCUACAUCAGAAGCAAUCAAAUUUGUUACUAGUAGUACAGAAUCGCAACGUCUUAUUCAAAGUACGGAUAAAAACAGUACAUCAAAUCUUGCAGUUUUUCAAAGUUCUUCAGAAGGUGUGUCCCAUAUUACCCAAGAAAAUGAUCCAAGUUCUAAAUUAUCAAAUAGAGGACGAGGUAAUAUGAGAACUUAUGAAAGUAAAACUAGAGCUCUUAAACAAGCUAAUAUGUCUGAUAUGUUUGUGUUUGAAAAAGGAACAUUAUAUGCAGUUCAAGACGACAUUGUUAGUCAUAUAGAGCCAACUAAAUCAGUUAUCUCGCCAAGAAAUAAUACUCCUACUAACGUAAAAAUGCAAAAUCGACAAUCUAAAGAAUGCUUGGAAAAGCCAAAACUUUCCCCAAACGCUUCUCCAAAUAUAACAAUUACAGGCUCAAUGUUGCCAAGAUUUCAACAAGUUUUUGGUAAAACUAAAUUUCCAAAUUCAACUGUUAUUAAUGACACUGCUUCUUUGUGUUCAACUAGUGUGGCAAGUAAUCUCUCUUCGAAUCUUGGGCCAAUUAUUAAUCGAACAAAUACUUCAACGUCACGUGUGUAUUCAUCUUCAAAAGGUGUACAGACUAAUCAUGAUGUUGAUACAAUUAACUCUAAUAUGAACUGUAUACCACCUAAAGUAGUAGAAAAUAAGCUCCUGCAUACUACUGUUAAUAUGUCGAAAACUAGUAGCGUUAUGGCGCUUGGGAACAACAAAAACAAUGUUAUAAUGACAUGUAAAGCUGUUACUUCUGCAAACAAUAUCGCACAAGUUUCAGCAUCGACUAAUCAUCAAAUUAUUACCAGUAACAUUGAAAUUAAAAAAGGACUUACUGGUAUGCCUAUUUCAAAAGUUCCAACAACAUUUACUACUAGUUGUAUCAAUUCGUCAAUAGCAUCUUCUAGUUCAAAUUUAAUAUAUUCAAUUCCUAUACUAAAUGAUUCAAAAUCUAAUGCUAAUAUAGAGAAACCUUUACAAGGUGUAACACAAUUACAAAGACAACUUAAGAUGUCCCCAUCAAUAAUUCAAACAGUGUUACGAAAACAUCCUACUUGGCAACAAAAUAGUUUUCGUCAGGGUAAACAAAGUACAGAAGUACAGGCAUCCUCAAUAGAAAGGAUUUUACCUGCAAAUGUGGCAAAUAUUGUCAAAACUACUAUUGAGUCUUCAAAUAAUAAAAUCUCAAUAAGUACUAUUAAACCAAAUCUUCCAGAAACUAAUGUUAGCACUUUAAUGAUGGAACAAGUGAGAGAGUUUGAAUCAGUGUUAGAAGAAGUAAGAAAAACUUCAUUGAUGAAUGAAAUGAGUACAGCUAGCAUGUUACCACAAAUAAAUCAUGAAAUAAUACAAAUUCCUUCUCCUACAGAAAAUGUUGACUUGCUUAAUAAUGAUAGCAAUCAAACAUUAUUUCCUUUGAAUAAAAAAUCUAAUAUAAAUACUGAACGAGAUCGUUGUUCAUUUUCAUUUUUGAAUCAAACAUUGUCAAAUGUAAAUGAUUUAGCAAAUGAUGAUAAAGAACCAGUAACAAUACAACCAACUAUACUUUCAGUUCGUAGUGUUACUCCCACUCCACCGUUAACAUCACCUAAUAACAACAAUGCGUCUGUUAAUCCAGUUGAUACUCAGUGUUCAAAGCAAAUAGCAAAUAAAGUAAAACCUGUUAUUAAGACACCAGCAAGUUCGCCAUCAACUUCAGCUGUAAAAGUUCCUGUUUUGCAAAAACCUUUGCCUAAAUUACAAGAAGAUGAACAAACAACUCAACGGAUAUAUGCAAUACUUGAUAAAUAUGCUGAACAACUUCGUAAUUCACCAGAAUUGAAAAAUAAACCAGCCCCAAGACGUAGAACCAAUCCACCAACCAAUCCAAGCAUGAAUGCCAAACGUAAAAAGACGAAUCAAUUAAAUUUAAAAACAUGUUCUCAACAAACUUCUUGCUCAUCAUCUGGUAUGGAAAUGAGUCCUACGUCUGAUAUGCAAGCUAUUGACAGUGAGGACAGUUCUAAUGCUGUUAGUCAUUUUUCACAUAUUAUUAACUCUCCGUCUAGAAAUUCAGAUGAACAAUCUACAGUGAUUUCAGAAACCCCUUUGAUAGAAAAUGCAUUAAUUAAUGUUAAUGAUGUUAUUAAAAAAAUUAAUAUUGAAGCUGAAAUGAAGUCUAAAGUUUCUCAAUCUACCCAAAUUGUUGUAAGUGGUGCGUCUGGAUCUUUUUUAUCUAUACCUGAUGGUAAUGCAGCAAAUGUUAGACUACUUGUCGCAGCUGGGAAUAAUCAAAAAAUGUACCGACUGCAUUGUCCUGUAACUGGACCAGGACCUGUAGUUUUUCAUCAAAUUACCGCUAAAGAUUCUUGCUCAAAUGACGUUAAAAUGGCAUCUAAUAUAAUAGGACAGAAUAUUAAUGAAUCAACCAUCUUAUCAGCUUUAUCAGCAGCAGAUGAUAUACAAAUUUCCAAUCCAAGUUUAGGAAGUGAAAUGUUACAUAAUACUUUACAAAACUUUGAACAUAAAAUAAAUAAACCUGAUAUUCUUUUGGAGUCAAUGGAAAAAGCUCAAGUACUUGAUAAUAAUGAAAAACAAUUGUCAUUUCCAGUAAUGAAGAAAAAUCAAGCAUCUCAAAGUACAUUUAGUGUCAUACAUACCCUUCCGUGUACACCUAAAUCAGAACCAACUGAUAAUAAUGAAUUAUUACCUGAAGCUCAAAAUAAUAUUUCAGAAAGUGUUCAUAAAGACUAUUGUGAUAAUGAACAAAAUACAAACACGGACCAAGAACAGAUUAAUAACUCUAAUAUGAAUCAAUUUGUUAAUAAACAAGAAAAAUUAAGUACAACUCUUAAAAAUGAGGCACCUUUUAUUCCACCCGAUUCUUUAGAAAGUAGUAGUCUUCCAUAUGAAGAUAUUGAGUUUCCAUCAUUUCACGCUCAUGAUGACGAAGAAGAAGAAGAAACUGAUGAAAAUUUAACCAUCGCCAAUAAUAAAAACAACCAACAAAACACAUCAAACCCUGAUGAAAACAAAUUUGAAAAUACAAAUGUAAAUCAAACUUUGAUUGAUCGUUUAAGUGACAAUACAGUAACUAAUGAUGUAAAUGAUGUGAAUGAUGUGAAGUGUGAGAAAAGUACAAUAGUUAAGCAAGAAAACAACACAAGUGAUGUUACUAUUGAGGAAAGACCUAAUAUUUUAGAACUUGCAAGCCCUAAAAAAGAAGAAGAAGAUAACAAGUCAAGUAUAGUGUUAGACAAUGUUGCUGUUGCUUCGGCUCCUGAAAUCAUUACAACAGUCAACCAAACAUCUAAUGAUUAUAAACAAAAAGAGGAAUUAUCACCAAAAGCUGUAAAGACUGAGUGUGAAUCAGAAAAUGAAAAUGAAAAUACAUUAAGUAAUACUGUAUAUAAUAUGUUAGACAAUCAGUCUGCCUCCAGUACUCAUACAAAAAUUGGAUCAUUGACACUUCGUUUAAAAAAUGACAAAUCAGCUAAGAACUGGAUUAAUUGUUUAUCUAAAAUAAUGCUUCCCGGAACUGAAAAAAUGUUAGAAGGUGAUAAUUUAAAACGAUUACAGGAAUCAUUUCAACGUACCAAAAUAAAAACUUUUAAGGAUUUGAAAGUAUUUGUAUUUGAGCAAUGUAAAAAGUUUGACAAUAAUGUUGAAACGCCUAAAGAGUAUGAUUUAUAUGAAGAUAUUGAUGGGCUUGGUGUUGAUAAACCAAGUACAAAUGAACUAUUUCCUGAAGUGGCCAUAUUAAAUGAUUUAGAUAAAUCUGUAAGUCCGACACUCAGCCUAUUACAAGCAUCUACGUCUAAGUCAAAUGAUACUAAUGCGUUACAAGCUAGACGCAAGUCGGUUUUGUCUCAUACAACUACUUCUACCGUUAUUCCAACUGGUGUUGAACAGACCAAUGUUGUUUGCAAGAAAAAUAAAACAAAAGUUUCAUUUUUAAAACAAGCUUUAUAUAAUGAAAUGAAUCAAGACUCUAAUGAUAGCGAGACCAAACCAUUUAUAAAUGGUAUCAAGACUGUUUUAGAUUCAAUUGAACAAAUUGAUUCAUGUCCAGAAUCACCAUCAAAUACUAUUGCUAUGGAUUCAGAAACAUGCAUGUCCGAAGAUAGUACUUCAACAAUUAGUAGUGGCACACCACAUUAUAACUUCCGUAAAAGUAAACGCAAAAACGUUGAAGAAGAUGGAUUUAUUGAAUCUCAAGUAAUAAAGCGAAUGUAUAGAGGUCGCACGUCAGAAGAAAAUGAAGAAAAAUCUGAACUUCCUAAACUAAAUAGUAUAAAGACCCAGGCACCUGAACAAAAGCCAGUAGUUGAAAAGAAAGAAUGUAACAAUAGAAGAAUUUCAAGUCGUCUAAAAAACAAUAAUGUCAAGAAUAAUCAGCACGUAUCAAACAAAUCUCCGCAGCUAGAUAUUUCACCUUGUAAGCUAACAUCGACACGAUCAUCCCUCAGGAGAGUUUCUAGAAAAACUACUUGAUUAAUUUCAGAGUUUAAGUUUAAAAAUAUGUUGUUUAUUAAAUGCUACAUUAAGUUACCAUUACUAAUGCUGGAGGAUUAUCUAGCACAGAAAUCAGAAAAUAUGUAGUCAUUAAUUUAUAAUAAGUAUAUAUUAUAUUAUAGUAUAUAUACAUAAAAAAAAAAAAAUCAAAAUUAUACAAUUUCAUUGAAUAUUGCCAUUAUUUACACUCAGUUUGGUUUUGCUUGUUACUAUAAAUUAUCAUACCCAUUUUUAAAUUGUUUUCUAACCAAAUUAUAUUUGUUUUUUUUUUUGUUAUUACGAAUUUCUAUAUUAGUUAAUAUAUUUUACUUUAUUUAAUUUAACAAUUUGUAUCAUAAAUUGAAUACUUAAUUAAAUAUUAAAAAAAAAAAAAAAUCAUUCUCAUGUAUGAUUAAAUAUUUUAUUAUCAUACAAUAAAUUUUAAUGAGUAGCAUUGUACAUAUACAUCAAUGAUUUAGUAUUAUAAAUAAUGUAUUUUCAAAUACAAGCCUUAUGUUUAACUUGUUCACUUGUUUAUUAAAAAGUAUAAAAAAAAUUUGAUCGUACUAUAAUACAUUAUUCAUUAUUUUUCUUUCAUCUAUAAUCGUAUGGUUUAAAUUUAAACUUUAAUUUUUAUCAAAAAACCAUAAAAGAUAAUUUGACUUGUUUUUUCCCUAGAUUGUAUCAUAUUAAGUAAGUAAGGGGUAUAUGGAAAAUUAAAUCUAUAUAUUAUUAAUUUCCUUUAGUAUUCAAAUAUUAUUUUAGUUACAUGUAUACAUCAAUAUUUAAUUGUAUUAUUUUAUAGUAAAAAUACAUGAAUUUUUAAAAUGAAAAAUAUAAGCCUUUAAAAAAUGCUUUGAAAAUUAAAUGUUAAAUUAUUUAAAAAAUUGGUUUUCCAAAUAUUUUUACUUGUACCCUUUGCUUACAUGUUAACAACUUUUUUUAUCUAGUUGAAUGUAAUAAACUAUGUAUUAUUUAUACUUUUUAAAAAGCAAACUUAUAAGUUGCAUCUAGUUCAAAUUUAUUUUACAGUUAUAAAACUUAUUUUAAAUUAAAUUAAUUAAGUUUCAUACUUUUUAAACAAUAAACUUAAAAGUAGCAUCUGGUUCAAAUAUAUUUUACAAUUAAAAAAUAUUUUUAUUCAUUAUUUUAUUAUUAUUACUUUAAAACUAAAUCAUUAUAUUAUAUAUACACACUGUAUAAAAAUUAUAUUGUUUGUAUUCUUUUUUUUCUGGUUUUGAAUGCAAUUUACCUUAAUUAUUAAUAGAAUAGAUAAUUUUACAAGAAAAAAAAUUACCAUAAUUUGUUUUAUUAUACAUUCAUUGGUAAAUUUAUUUUGUUAUCCUAUUAAAAUAAUUAUAAUUUACAAUAUUUUCAAUGAUGCUAGAGACAUUUGUACUUGCAUUAACAAAUAUGAUGGAAUGUAUAAUAAAUUAUACAAUUUAUUUAUACAAAUAUAUAUAUUUGCUUCCCAGAUAAUGUACUUAAAUUGUUAUCAAAACCAUGUACAAAUAUUUGUUAUAUUUAUGACAAAUAAAUAUAUACUACUCAGAUAGAAAUUCAGUCAAAUGUAUUAUUCAAUAAAUAUAUAUAUAAAUAUAUAUAUUUUUUUUGAGAACUCUAUAAAAGAAGAGUUAUUUUCAAUGAUGUAUAUAGAACUAGUAAUAAAGUGUAAAACUUUGUAAUUAACUUAAACAUUGUUUUGUUUAAUUUGUAAAUCUGUUUGUAAAGAUAACAAUAGUGUACUAUUAUAAUAGAUAAUUGUUUUUGUUUAUUAUUUAUUUAUAUAUACUAUUUUGUUUUGAAAAUUACCAAAGAAAUUGAAUACAUGAAAAUGUUUAUUGAAAAGUUAAAAAUUAAGUAACCAAUUGUAUAAAUAUAAUUUAAAAAUGCAACAUUUUGAGAAAAUAAUGUAUUGUUCAUGAAAAAGACUUAAUGUAUUUAUAAUAUAAAUUAUAAUUAUUUAAAGAAGAAUCCCUCGUCUUUCCAAUAUGUAUUGUUAUUUUAUUAAUUGAAUUUGUAAAAAAUCUUAAGUGCAACAAAAUGUUGAACUAUAUAAAUUUAAACUAAAAUAAAUCUUUAUGUUAUUAAUUUGAAACAGAACAAUUUUAACACUCAAAUAUUUAAUUUAAUUUGCUCUUACAUAGAAUUUCCUUUAAGUAGCUUUAUUUUAUAUUCAUUUUAUUUAUUCAUAACUGAGUAUUUUCAUUUCAUAGAUUAACAUUGUUUAAUUUUAAUUUAUUUUUAAUUUUCACUGUUAAUAUGUUAAUCUGUAGUGAGAUUUUGUUUUAAUUAAUUUUAUUUUUGACCCACAUCCCAUUUUUUUAUUGUAUUUAAGUCGAUUGUUUUUGUAAGUGAUUGGUCAUUAAUAACAUUAAACCAAUGUUAUUUCAUUCUAAAUAUAAAAAAAUGACUUAGGGAUUUUUACAUAUUAUAAAGAAUAUAAAUCUUAUUUGCUUCAGUAGAUAAGUAAUGUGAUAGUUUUAAGGAUUUAUUGACUGCUGUUCAUGUUAAACACAAGCUGAUUUUGAUUUAGUUUACUUUGUCUUUGAUUUUAAUACACUAAAUUUGAUUUUGAAAA